CUCUGAGCGCGGAGGACCGGGCCGGCCUCGUUAAUGCUCUGAAGAACAAGCUCCAGAGCCUAGCAGGGAAGCACUCUGAUGUGCUGGAGACCCUCUCGCCGAAGGUCAGGAAGCGCGUUGAGGUGCUGAGGGAGAUCCAGAUCGGUAAAGAACUCCACAGUGGCUCGUCUCUUCUUACCCAUCCAAGAAUCCCUUCCGGAGCAGAAGGGAGAAACCAUGAUGGUUUUCGAGGUCCGCAGGCCCCAGCUCGAGCGGCGGAACCCCGCGGCAUUCCGUCGGAUCCUCCUUCUGCUGCUAUUCUUCUCCCUCUUGCUUUCGGUUCCGGUUUCCGUCCGCUGCUCUUCUUCUUCCACCAUGCACAACAACAACUGGGCCGUCUUGGUUUGCACCUCCCGAUUCUGGUUUAAUUACAGACACAUGGCCAAUACUCUAUCCUUGUAUAGGACAGUGAAACGACUUGGAAUCCCUGAUGAGCGGAUAAUACUUAUGUUGGCAGAUGAUAUGGCCUGCAAUGCGAGGAACAACUACCCUGCCCAAGUUUUCAACAAUGAGAACCACCAACUUAAUUUAUAUGGUGAUAAUGUUGAAGUUGAUUAUCGAGGUUAUGAAGUAACUGUUGAAAAUUUUUUGCGAGUUUUGACUGGAAGACAUGAGAGUGCUGUCCCAAGGUCAAAGCGUCUUUUAAGCGAUGAAGGAAGCCACAUUCUUUUGUACAUGACUGGGCAUGGAGGAGAUGAAUUUUUGAAAUUUCAAGAUUCAGAAGAACUUCAGAGCCAUGAUUUAGCUGAUGCAGUGAAGCAAAUGAAAGAGAAGCAUAGAUUCAAGGAGCUGCUGAUAAUGGUUGACACUUGCCAAGCUGCCACUCUCUUUUCCCAGCUUCAGUCUCCUGGUGUUUUGGCAAUUGGAAGUAGCAUGAAAGGGGAAAAUUCCUAUUCUCACCAUCUUGACUCAGAUGUUGGUGUUUCGGUUGUGGAUAGGUUCACAUUCUAUACCCUUGCCUUUUUUGAGAAGCUGAACAUGUACAGCAAUGCCUCAUUGAACAGUCUUUUUAAUUCAUACAAUCCAAGUCUGCUGAUGUCUACUGCAUAUUACCGAAUGGAUCUCUAUCAGCGACCCCUGAGUGAGGUGCCUGUAACAAAUUUUUUUGGGUCAGUCAUGAAAACAAUCCACACAGACUCUGCAUACACUGGCUUCUCAGCUGAGCCUAAAAUUAAAGUACCAUAUGUCUUGGAAGAUAAUGAGGCAGACCGUAUGAUGUUAGAAAGAGAAGCUGAGGUGGACAAAAUAUAUAGUCAGGACAAGAAGGUGGGGAGCUGUAGUUUCCAUGCAUGGUUGAGACAUUUUCAAGAAAGACUGGAAGAUGAGAAUGCUGACACUUUAGUAAAAUAUGGCUUUGGAACCAUGAUUCUAUUGCUGGCGGCUUCUACUUGGUUAUCAUUAUAGGCAUUCCAAAUGACAUGCAUUUUUCAUCAUCUUUUGUGUCAUAGCUAUACAUCUUCACGAUAUUAAGGGUUUGACAUCCUUUCCAUUCCAUGAUAUUUCAGAGAAUGGUUACUCCCUUGUUCUUUGAGGGAUAUUCAAAUUUGGGUAUGAGGUUUGUCAGGGAAGUCAUGUAUAUGGCAGCAAAUGGUCCAAGAUGUUCAUGAACAGCUUGUGACCGGCUUGGUGAUAGGCUUAAUUGCUCUCAGCUCAACUAGGAAAUGAGCCAAUCUCAAGCUCCAAGUUCUUGAGUGGUACGUGGACAUAGAAUGCUUCCAAAAUUUAACAGAAUCUCAGCCCAUAGCUCAUACAAGUCAAGGUUGGCCGUGCCCAUUAUAUCAUAAGCCAAGCCAGAGCGCCUAGUACUUGGCCUGGCUUGGCUUUUUUGCAACCCUUAUAUAUGUGACAGUUUUGACACUCUAAUUUGUAGCAAUGAUAAUGCCAUUCUUGCGUCAGAUGCAAGAUAAUACUUGUCUUCGUUUGUAAGCCAAAAUGGUUAAAUAGCUCAUCAUAGGAACUCCUUUGUCUUAUGUUAAAUUUUUUUUGAUAAUAUAGAUUUUAUUACUUUCUUCAUGUUAA